UUGUUGCGCGCAUGUCUUCCUCUCCUCCUCCUCCCCCUCUUCCUCCUCCUCCUCCUCCUCCGCGCUCCUGCGCACGCCAGAAGCGCACAUCCCACCGCCUCCGUUAAAAGCGCGCGCUCGGCUUAUCUUGACAUGCCGUUCCCGUUCGACGGCGUCAUGCCACAACGGCGGCAUCAUGGCGCUUAGUCGGAGCGCCGGCUGCUGCGGCUGCGGCCCGAUCAACGAGGACAACGCGCGGUUCCUGCUGCUCGCCUUGCUCAUCGUCGUCUACCUGCUGUGCGGGGCCGCCGUCUUCUCUGCGCUGGAGCAGCCCAAGGAGAAGGAGGCCAAGGAGCGCUGGGCGCACAGGUUCGAGCUCUUCCGGCACACGCACAACCUGAGCAGGAAGGAGCUCGACAACUUCCUCAGGAAUUACGAGGAAGCCAACGUGGCGGGGAUCCGCGUGGACGCCGUCAGACCGAGAUGGGACUUCACCGGGGCGUUUUACUUCGUGGGGACCGUGGUUUCCACUAUUGGUUUCGGGAUGACCACACCCGCCACCGUCGGAGGCAAAGUCUUCCUGAUGUUCUACGGCCUCCUGGGCUGCGCCGCCACCAUCCUCUUCUUCAACCUCUUCCUGGAGCGGGUCAUCACCGUCAUCGCCGUGGUCCUCAAGUCCUGCCACGAGCGCCGCCACCAAAAGGCGCUCCCCCUUCCCCAAAACGGCCCGAAAGUCCGAGCCAAGACCAAGGCGGAGGACCUGGCCGGCUGGAGGCCGUCGGUGUAUUGCGUCAUGCUCAUCCUGGGAGCGGCGGCCGUGUCGGUGUCCUGCUGCGCCUCGUUCAUGUACUCUGCCGCCGAGGGUUGGAGCUACCUGGACUCGCUCUACUUCUGCUUCGUGGCUUUCAGCACCAUCGGCUUUGGAGAUAUGGUGAGCAGCCAGCGUGUGGUCUACGAGAACCACGGCACGGCGGCGUACCGGCUGGGCAACUUGGUGUUCAUCCUCUUGGGCGUCUGCUGCAUCUACUCCCUCUUCAACGUCAUCUCCAUUGUCAUCAAGCAGGUCCUCAACUGGCUGCUGAGGAGCCUCGAAGCCCCCUGCAGAUGUUGUUACCCCAAAAGGGGCCACCGCCCGCACCGCCACGCCCGUCGGAAUGUGGUGGCCCCGGGUCAACUGCGAACCCGCAGAGAACCUUCCAUAGAGACAGACGCCGUCAAUGACAGCGAGACUGACGCCGCCGGGCGCAGGAUGUCUGGAGAGAUGAUCUCCAUGAGGGACUUUCUGGCGGCAAACAAGGUCAACCUGGCCCUCAUGCAGAAGCAACUGUCCGAGAUGGCCGUCGGGCACCCGCGCCAACCCGGCUCCACGUCCUCGCGUCCCAACGGCUUCUCCGAGGGCGUGGGUGCCCUGGGCAUCAUGAACAACCGGCUGGCAGAGACCAGCGUGGACAGAUAGGAGGACUGCAAAGGGAUGGCGGACUAAGAUGCUUCCCUGGACUUUGGAGCAUGUGUUUUUCUAGACCAGGAGUGUCCAAAGUGCGGCCCGGGGGCUUUUUUUUUUAACGGCCCGCGGUGCAUUCUAAAAAUACUAUUACAAAAAACAAACGGGGAGCAAACGGGUGAAAUGUAACGAGAAAAAGCUGGCGGUUUAAUCUUUAAAGCAUGUAUUGUUUAAAUAUUGCAUAUUUUGAUGUAGGGUUGGGCGAUAUGGCCUUUUUAAGGUCACGUCACGAUACACGAUAUCUAUCUCGAUAUUUUGCCUUAGCCUUGAAUGAACACUUGAAGCAUAUAAUCACAGCAGUAUGAUGAUUCUAUGAGUCUACAUUAAAAUAUUCUUGUUCAUACCGCAUUAAUAUAUGCUCAUUUUAAACUUUCAUGCAGAGAGGGAAAUCACAACUAGGUCAAUUGACCAAAACUGUAUUUAUUAAACAGUUAUUAAGCAGUGGCACAAACAUUCAUAUUAUUUCCAAAACAAAAAGUGCAAGAUUUUCAGAGACAUUUUAAAACAAGCUAUUGGUGCACUUUUGUGCAUGAUGUCACUAAGAUCAGUGGUCCCCCAACCACCGGGCCGCAGAAAGAUUUUUUAUUAAUUUUUGUUUAAAAAAAAAAAAAAGUUUUUAUUUUUUAUAUUAAAUCAACAUAAAAAACACAAUAUACAAUUACAAUUAGUGCACCAACCACAAAAACCUCCCUUUUUCAUGACAAAGAAAAAAAAAAAAGGAUCCCUCCCACCCCCCACCCUCCGGGCCGCGGGACAAAUUAUUAAGCAUUGACCGGUCCGCGGAUACAAAAAUGUUGGGGACCACUGACUAAGAUGACAUAUCAAAACAACACUAAAUAGUGAAGUGAAGUGAAUUAUAUUUAUAUAGCGCUUUUCUCUAGUGACUCAAAGCGCUUUACAUAGUGAAACCCAAUAUCUAAGUUACAUUUCAAACAGUGUGGGUGGCACUGGGAGCAGGUGGGUAAAGUAUCUCGCCCAAGGACACAACGGCAGUGACUAGAAUGGCGGAAGCGGGAAUCGAACCUGCAACCCUCAAGUUGCUGGCACGGCCACUCUACCUACCGAGCUCUGCCGCCCCAUUACAGUUGAGUCCACAAGUGCACUUUUUGUACAGAACGCCACUACAAUAGUUCAAAACAAAUAAAGUGCACUUUUGUGCAUGAUGUCUCUCGAUAUUUAAAAAACUGUCAAAUAAAAAUGAAUGGCAUAAUAGGAAAUCAAAUAGUGCAUGUCCUUCACUAUGUGGUAGGUUCCUGCGGAUGUUAUCUCUUUCUGUUUUUGAGUAUUUUUUUCAUACAGUGUUGAUGUGGAAAUGGUUGCUUGGGUACCGAACGGAGAUGUUGAUAUGCAGAGUUUCAAACACUCCUUAUUCUCUAGCGGGGGACUUUACAAGUCAUGCUACAAAUUAGCAGUAAUACUACUAUUUGUAGCAACACUUUUGCCGCAUAAUUGACAUGUUACGGUUGUCUGUUCAACAUAUUUCAACUCGAAGCCAAACCACCGCCGGACGAUGGCCUCCGUGCGGUUUUUCUUGGGAAUUAGUUAGUCUUCCUUCAUUUGUUACCAGAUUGGCACCUUCUUUCUCUCUUAUUACCACUUGCACCGCACCGUUAGCACCACAGCUAACUUUACCCACGCUGCUACCUCUGUGCUCGGCGAGGGCGUAUGACGUUGCACGCGCGGCAGUAUGUGACGUAACAAGGUGCGCUUGUUUAUGUCUCAGUGAGAAAGAGAGACAAGAAAGAGGGAGAAACGCCUGUAGUGUAAUGCCCGCAGCUAAAAGCAACUGUGAGAACGUAUACUUGAAUAUUACGAUACAGUCAUUUUCUAUAUCGCACAGAGAUAUAUCGAGUAUAUUCGAUAUAUCGCCCAGCCCUAUUUUGAUUUCUAUAUUUAAGUUUUUAAGAGUAUAAAACAAGCCAACCAAAAAAAAAACGUUAAAAAAAUUGGAAUUUGAUCUCAAGAUUCAAGCAUUGAAGGUAAAAAUAAUAAAAUAAAAUAAAAUGUACCACUUAUUUUUAACACUUUUAUGAUUGGGACCCGUUUGGAUCCCUAAGAACUGUACUGUCUUUUUUUUUUAAAUUGAUGUAUUCAUUUUUUAACUGCUGCUGCUCAAAAACUAAUAAUCAACCAAAACCACUGUUGUUAUAAACUAUUGGUCUAUUUAAGGCUAUAAUUCCUUCACAUAUAAUGUUCCACUUGAAAUAUUUUUCGAGGAAAAUAUAGCAUUUUUUUAUUGAUUUCUUUUUGCGUCUUCAGUAAUGCGGACGUUGUACCGAUCCGUUGUGGUGAAGAAGGAGCUGAGCCGGAAGGCAAAGCUCUCAAUUUACCGGUCGAUCUACGUUCCCAUCCUCACCUAUGGUCAUGAGCUUUGGGUCAUGACCGAAAGGAUAAGAUCACGGGUACAAGCGGCCGAAAUGAGUUUCCUCUGCCGUGUGGCGGGGCUCUCCCUUAGAGAUAGGGUGAGAAGCUCUGCCAUCCGGGAGGAACUCAAAGUAAAGCCGCUGCUCCUUCACAUCGAGAGGAGCCAGAUGAGGUGGUUCGGGCAUCUGGUCAGGAUGCCACCCGAACGCCUCCCUAGGGAGGUGUUUAGGGCACGUCCAACCGGUAGGAGGCCACGGGGAAGACCCAGGACACGUUGGAAAGACUAUGUCUCCCAGCUGGCCUGGGAACGCCUCGGGAUCCCCCGGGAAGAGCUAGACGAAGUGGCUGGGGAGAGGGAAGUCUGGGUUUCCCUGCUUAGGCUGUUGCCCCCGCGACCCGACCUCGGAUAAGCGGAAGAUGAUGGAUGGAUGGAUGGAUAGAAAAACACAUUUGGUUUACUUUGACAAAAAGAGCAUUAUACAAAACAAAAACCCAUUAAAAGAGCUGAAGUCUAAAAAUACAAGUUUUGAAAGUAGAAACAUAAACAAAAAAGUAAUGACUUAUUUUAACACGUUUAGGAAUGGGUCCUUUUGGAUCCCUAAGUAUUUUAGUGAGAUGUUUAUUUUUAUUUUAAGUGUUAUUGCUCAAAAAAAAUGUCAAAGAAUCAAAAUCGGUGUUGUAAUGAAUUAAUGGCCCUAUUGAAGGCUCCGAUUACCUCACAACAAAUAUUCCACUUUGGAAUAUUUUUGGGAAGAACAUUUCAUAUUUUGUGUUCUGUAUUUAGUUUUUAAUUAAAAAAAAAAAGGCAUAAAACAAUCAAACCAAAAAAAAACGUUAAAAGAUUAAAUUGAUCUAUAAAUUUUAAAAUUGAAUGUAAAAAGCCUAAAAUAAUGUAUCACUUAUUUUUAACACUUUUAUGAUUGGGACCCGUUUGGAUCCCUAAGGACUUUAGUCCAUCCAUCCAUCCAUUUCCUACCGCUUAUUCCCUUUCGGGGUAGCGGGGGGCGCUGGCGCCUAUCUCAGCUACAAUCGGGCGGAAGGCAGGGUAAUGAAUGAUUGGUCUAUGUAAGGCUCUACUUCCUUUACAUCAAAUCUUCCACUUAGAAUAUUUUUCUACGAAAAUAUUGCAUAUAUUGUUGGUUUGAAUACAUUUUUUCAAGUUUUUUGUUUUCUUUGACAAACAGGGCAUCAUACAAAACAAAACACAUUAAAAGUUUGGAGUCUAAAGAUGUCAGUGUUGAAAGUAGAAACAUAAACAAAAAAAUGAAUGAUUUAAUUAAACAUGUUUAAGAGUCUUGGAUCCUUGUGAAUUUUAAUGAGAUUUGUUUUAUUUUAAGUGUCAUUGUUCAAAAUGUUUUAAAUGAAUCAAAAUCAAUGUUGUAAUGAAUUAUUGGCCUAUUGAAGGCUCAUAUUACCCCACAUCAAACAUUUCAAUUUGGAAUGUUUUUGGAGGGAUAUUCUAUGCUCUAUAUUUUGUUUUCAAUGACAAAAAGGGCAUAAAACAAACAUCCAUCCACUUCUACCGCUUGUCCCUUUCGGGGUUCGCGGGGGUGCUGUAGCUAAUCUCAGAUACAUUACAUACCAAAAAAAAUGUUAAAAGAUGUAAAA